AUGACUGUGGUUAAUAGUAAGGCAACAGUCAUGGAGUGGAAGGCGAAGUUGACGGCAAAGAUUGAGUUGGACAGUCAGUCGCUAGAGAGUGGAAUGGACCACGGUCAAUGGCUACAGUACGCGAAGCAAUCAGGAAGUGAUGAUGGACAGUUUUUGACUUUUCUACUCUAA